AACCCUGUAUCGAGUUCUGUAGAGUCGAGCUGCGCAAUGCAGAGGCUGCAGGUAGUGCUGGGCCACCUGACUGGCCAGCCCCAUCCCGGCUGGACGCUGCAGGCGGCGCCUUGCUCGAGUGGCGACCCGCAGGCCUCGGCCGCGGACGUGGUGGUGGUGCACGGACGGCGCACCGCCAUCUGCCGGGCAGGCCGCGGCGGCUUCAAGGACACCACCCGCGACGAGCUUCUCUCGGCUGUCAUGACCGCGGUUCUCCAGGACGUGAAUCUGCGGCCGGAACAGCUGGGGGACAUCUGUGUCGGGAAUGUGCUGCAGCCCGGGGCCGGGGCAAUCAUGGCCCGAAUCGCCCAGUUUCUGAGUGACAUCCCGGAGACUGUGCCUCUGUCCACUGUCAAUAGACAGUGCUCAUCGGGGCUACAGGCAGUGGCCAGCAUAGCUGGUGGCAUCAGAAAUGGGUCUUAUGACAUUGGCAUGGCCUGUGGGGUGGAGUCCAUGUCCCUGGCUGACAGAGGGAACCCUGGAAAUAUUACUUCGCACUUGAUGGAGAAGGAGAAGGCCAGAGAUUGCCUGAUUCCUAUGGGAAUAACCUCUGAGAAUGUGGCUGAGCGGUUUGGCAUUUCACGGGAGAAGCAGGAUACUUUUGCCCUGGCUUCCCAGCAGAAGGCAGCAAGAGCCCAGAGCAAGGGCUGUUUCCAAGCUGAGAUUGUUCCUGUGACCACCACGGUCCAUAAUGACAAGGGCACCAAGAGGAGCAUCACUGUGACCCAGGAUGAGGGUAUCCGCCCCAGCACCACCAUGGAGGGGCUGGCCAAACUGAAGCCUGCCUUCAAGAAGGACGGUUCUACCACAGCUGGAAACUCUAGCCAGGUGAGUGAUGAAGCAGCUGCCAUCCUGCUGGCCCGGAGGUCCAAGGCGGAAGAGUUGGGCCUUCCCAUCCUUGGGGUCCUGAGGUCCUAUGCAGUGGUUGGGGUCCCACCUGACAUCAUGGGCAUCGGGCCUGCCUAUGCCAUCCCGGUAGCUUUACAAAAAGCAGGGCUGACUGUGAGUGACGUGGACAUCUUUGAGAUCAACGAGGCCUUUGCGAGCCAGGCUGCCUACUGUGUGGAGAAGCUACGACUCCCCCCUGAGAAGGUGAACCCUCUGGGGGGUGCAGUGGCCUUGGGGCACCCACUGGGCUGCACUGGGGCACGACAGGUCAUCACACUGCUCAACGAGCUGAAGCGCCGUGGGAAGAGGGCAUAUGGCGUAGUGUCCAUGUGCGUCGGGACUGGAAUGGGAGCUGCUGCUGUCUUUGAAUACCCUGGGAACUGAGUGAGGCCCAGGCUGGAGGUGCUGCCCACACAGUCCCGCAAGGCAGCAGCACUACAGAAGCGAAACCACGUGGGAAAACUCAGCACUGGUGGUGGCGGCGGCGGACAGAUCAAGGCACUUCAACUCGUUCGGAAAAUGUGAACAUGGCUGACAUGGUCUAGGAGUGGGUGGGGUGUUGAGGCACCCAUCAGACCCUCAUUAGCUGUGCAAGACAAAGGCAGCCUGGGUCACGCAGGCCACAAGGCCAUGGUUAAUUCCCAGGGCAAGGCGAAUUCAUGAAUGAGAAGCACAGCCGACAUAGUAAAUGUGCAAGAAUUUAUC